CCUAACUGCGUGGGCUGUUGGAUUAAGCCACUGCUGCAGCAUCAGAAGGGGUUUAAUCUACAAGAAGCAGCAGCAGAGAGAGACGCUAUUUCCCAGGCUCUAUCUUACCUAGUGUCAGUUCUUUUAUUUGACUGUACAAGAACUGCUGGGCAUCAAGGAUACUACAUACAAGAGGAUAGAAUAUCAAGGAAGGAGGAAAGCGGAGCUUCUUUGACUGGAGCAGAGAGAUAAAUAAAGCAUCAUAGUGUCUGCUGCAGACACCAGACACAGCCAUUAUGACCCAGGGCAAGGUAAGGGCCUUACAGACACAUUCUAUAGAUCUAAUUCUAUCCUCAUUCAGUCCAUGCUCAUUCUGCAGUAAAUCCACAGUAAAAAGGGAAGAUUAUUGGCUUAUAUUUUAUUUCAGUGCGUGUGGUCCACAAUGUUAUGUAAUCAUUGUGGCAGCAUGUACGUAGGCUGUAUCUGUCGCUCCAUCCUCUCAUCUGCCUCUAUUGAGAAGCUAAUCUUAUUGUGUUGCUCAGUAAUGAUGCAACGUCUUCAGCAGCAGAGAAUAGUAUUGUCAUCAGGGAAUGUCAGAGCGAAUUAAAUGACAGCUAUAAACUAGAUUGUAUGGAGAUAGAGAGAGGGUCAUGUUUAGCCUGUGUCACUAUCCUUCAGUCCAGAGACACGGACGUACCACUCCCCCCAUUGUAUAAAACCUUAAAUGUUGCUGUUAUGUAUUGACUCAAAGCUGAUGAAGUUAUAGAAAUAGAAUUAGCCUACCUGUACUAAUGACUGUAAAUGAAAUCACAAUAGACUACUAAUUCUAUUUUUAUGCAGGAAAUAUGGAGAGAGAGAGGAGAUGGAUAUUCAUAUUCAUUGGUACAUUCAUUAGCCAUCUGGACAGUGUUGUGUAAUGAUGACUCAUUCACUGAUCCUGGAACGUCUACACACAGAGUGUGGAGCUAAGCUACAGCAGAGGGCUCGUCUAAGGACUGAUCUCAGUCCACAUCUUACAGUCAGCAAUCAGAGAAUCAGAUCAGAUUUCAAAUUAGUCCCAAAUUGUGAAUCUGAAUUCAUCGUAUUUGCUUUUAGAAUGUGAAUUGUUGUUAUUGUUGUUAAAAAAGGAAUUUGGAUUUACAAGUUGGGCCUAAUUUCGGCUCAAGUUUCUCAGUUGAUUAGAGAGUGGCUCAUUAUCAUCCUCUUUUUAAAAAUUUAUUUUAUUUAUUAUUAUUAUUAUUUUAUUUAGGGGGUAGAUCAGCUUUAAUAUUGCAGAUAGAUUGUAACUUCCAUCAAUGUAAUUGUCUGCAUCACUUCCAAUCCCCCAUAUGGUUUUUUCUCUCGCAUAUAUAUACAGUGGGGAAAAAAAGUAUUUAGUCAGCCACCAAUUGUGCAAGUUCUCCCACUUAAAAAGAUGAGAGAGGCCUGUAAUUUUCAUCAAAGGUACACGUCAACUAUGACAGACAAAUUGAGAAAACAAAUUCCAGAAAAUCACAUUGUAGGAUUUUUAAUGAAUUUAUUUGCAAAUUAUGGUGGAAAAUAAGUAUUUGGUCACCUACAAACAAGCAAGAUUUCUGGCUCUCACAGACCUGUAACUUCUUCUUUAAGAGGCUCCUCUGUCCUCCACUCGUUACCUGUAUUAAUGGCACCUGUUUGAACUUGUUAUCAGUAUAAAAGACACCUGUCCACAACCUCAAACAGUCACACUCCAAACUCCACUAUGGCCAAGACCAAAGAGCUGUCAAAGGACACCAGAAACAAAAUUGUAGACCUGCACCAGGCUGGGAAGACUGAAUCUGCAAUAGGUAAGCAGCUUGGCUUGAAGAAAUCAACUGUGGGAGCAAUUAUUAGGAAAUGGAAGACAUACAAGACCACUGAUAAUCUCCCUCGAUCUGGGGCUCCACGCAAGAUCUCACCCCGUGGGGUCAAAAUGAUCACAAGAACGGUGAGCAAAAAUCCCAGAACCACACGGGGGGACCUACUGAAUGACCUGCAGAGAGCUGGGACCAAAGUAACAAAGCCUACCAUCAGUAACACACUACGCCGCCAGGGACUCAAAUCCUGCAGCGCCAGACAUGUCCCCCUGCUUAAGCCAGUACAUGUCCAGGCCCGUCUGAAGUUUGCUAGAGUGCAUUUGGAUGAUCCAGAAGAGGAUUGGGAGAAUGUCAUAUGGUCAGAUGAAACCAAAAUAGAACAUUUUGGUAAAAACUCAACUUGUCGUGUUUAGAGGACAAAGAAUGUUGAGUUGCAUCCAAAGAACACCAUACCAACUGUGAAGCAUGGGAGUGGAAACAUCAUGCUUUAGGGCUGUUUUUCUGCAAAGGGACCAGGACGACUGAUCCGUGUAAAGGAAAGAAUUAAUGGGGCCAUGUAUCGUGAGAUUUUGAGUGAAAACCUCCUUCCAUCAGCAAGGGCAUUGAAGAUGAAACGUGGCUGGGUCUUUCAGCAUGACAAUGAUCCCAAACACACCGCCCGGGCAACGAAGGAGUGGCUUCGUAAGAAGCAUUUCAAGGUCCUGGAGUGGCCUAGCCAGUCUCCAGAUCUCAACCCCAUAGAAAAUGUUUGGAGGGAGUUGAAAGUCUGUGUUGCCCAGCAACAGCCCCAAGACAUCACUGCUCUAGAGGAGAUCUGCAUGGAGGAAUGGGCCAAAAUACCAGCAACAGUGUGUGAAAACCUUGUGAAGACUUACAGAAAACGUUUGACCUGUGUCAUUGCCAACAAAGGGUAUAUAACAAAGUAUUGAGAAACUUUUGUUAUUGACCAAAUACUUAUUUUCCACCAUAAUUUGCAAAUAAAUUCAUUAAAAAUCCUACAAUGUGAUUUUCUGGAUUUUUUUUUCUCAAUUUGUCUGUCAUAGUUGACCUGUACCUAUGAUGAAAAUUACAGGCCUCUCUCAUCUUUUUAAGUGGGAGAACUUGCACAAUUGGUGGCUGACUAAAUACUUUUUUUCCCCACUGUAUGUAUAUGUAUAUAUAUAUAUCCUUUAAAAAAAUAUAUUUCCCUUUAUUCCUUUCAUUACUUUCCAACCCCACCACACCUUCCCUAAUUGGAGUAAACUAGUGAACAACAAUGCUUAGGCCUCAACUUCCAUCUUAUACAUACUAUAUACAUUUUAUGGACACAGUCAAUUUUACAAUAAUUCUAUUUUGUUUGUUUUUACUCCAGAACUUCCUCUACCCUCAACCUCUCCGAUCAUUUUCAUGAUGUCCAUCCGGUUUGCUUCUAUAUGCCAUAUCUUUCUAACUCUGCUCUUUCACAAAAGCUCUAUUUCUAAACAUUUACAUUUACAUUUUAAACACCAUCCAUAUUGAAUUUCUAUUUGCCAUAUAUUUUUCAACUGUACUGUGAUGUUUUACAAACGUUCUGAACCUUUCUAAUCAUCCUCUGUUGGUUAUUAAAAUGUAUUUUAUUUCCAGACAGCUAUUUAGUCCUGAUUGGUGAUCUUAUGUUAUGUACCCACAGCUUUCAGUCGCAAACAAGGCUGCUGAAGCAGGAGAGAAGCAGUAUGGCACUUCAAGUGGAGAAGCAGGAGGGCCACCGGCCCCUCCCACUUAUGAGGAGGCCACUGGCGCAAGUGAGAAAGGUAUGUCAGUGUGGCAGAAACUUCACUCCGCUCUCUUUAUAAACAUAAGUGUGAAAAAUAACUGACCAUUUACUGUGUGUGUGUGUGUUUGUGUUGAACUUGUCAGCAGGCGUCAGUGGCAGCCCCUGUUACAGCGGGGCCUAUCCUGGUGAUGGGGAGAUGCUCACAGAAUUCAGCUGGAGUGAUAAAAACAUCAGACGGAUCUUUAUCCGCAAGGUAGGCUAUGACUAUAGCUAUUACUACCUUAUUACAACCCUAUUACUAUAUUAUUACCCUAUUACAUAGCACUACCUAUACAAGCCUAUUACUACAUUAUUACUACCGUAUGUUAAGGCCAUACAGAUACUGUAUGCUAUUCUUAAACUGUAUUUUUCAUUACCUCCUUUCAGUUGUCUUUUUUUUCGUUACCACCGUUUAGGUUUACGCCAUCUUGAUGAUUCAACUUCUUGUCACUCUUUCCAUUGUGGCUCUCUUCACAUUCUGGUAAGUUUUCUAAUACCUCCAAAUAUGGAUGCUACUCUCCAUCCUUCAAUAGUUUUAUCUGGUCAGGCAAUAGAUGGUCAUGAAAAUCACAGGAAAUCCUACACUUUGAUACAGUAAUGUUAAAUCACUGUGCACCAGCCAUGAACCUGUCACAGGUACUAAAUAGGAAGCAGCAGAGCUAGAACAUUUACCAUAACAGGCAGGAAAGUGCCUUCAGAAAGUAUUCAGACCACUUGACUUUUUUCCACAUUUUGUUACAUUACAGCAUUAUUCUAAAAUUGAUUAAAUUGUUUUUAAUCAGUACCCCAUUGUGACAAAGCAAAAACAGUUUUUUUGAAAAUGUUGCUAAUUUAUAUUUAAAGAAAAAAGGAAAUAUGACAUUUACAUAAGUAUUUAGACCCUUUACUCAGUACUUUGCUGAAGCACCUUUGGCAGCGAUUACAGCCUCGAGUCUUCUUGGGUAUGACGCUACGAGCUUGGCACACCUGUAUUUGGGGAGAUUCUCCCAUUCUUCUCUGCAGAUCCUCUCAAGCUCUGUCAGGUUGGAUGGGAAGCAUUGAUGCACAGCUAUUUUCAGGUCUCUCCAGAGAUGUUCGAUCGGGUUCAAGUCCGGGCUCUGGCUGGGCCACUCAAGGACAUUCAGAGACUUGUCCCGAAGCCACUCCUGCGUUGUCUUGGCUGUGUGCUUAGGGUCGUUGUCCUGUUGGAACGUGAACCUUCGCCCCAGUCUGAGGUCCUGAGCAGGGUUUCAUCAAGGAUCUCUCUGUACUUUGCUCCGUUCAUCUUUGCCUCGAUCCUGACUAGCCUCCCAGUCCCUGCUGCUGAAAAACAUCCCCAAAGCAUGAUGCUGCCACCACCCUGCUUCACAGUAGGAAUGGUGCCAGGUUUCCUCCAGACAUGACGCUUGGCAUUCAGGCCAAAGAGUUCAAUCAUAGAUUCAUCAGACCAGUGAAUCUUGUUUCUCAUGGUCUGAGAAUCUUUAGGUGCCUUUUGGCAAACUCCAAGCGGGCUGUCAUGUGCCUUUUACUGAGGAGUGGCUUCCGUCUGGCCACUCUACCAUAAAGGCUUGAUUGGUGGAAUGCUGCAGAGAUGAUUGUCCUUCUGGAAGGUUCUCCCAUCUCCACAGAGGAACUCUAGAGCUCUGUCAGAGUGACCAUCGGGUUGUUGGUCACCUCCCUGACCAAGGCCCUUCUCCCCAGCCGGCCACCCACCUCAGUUUGGCUGUGUGGCCAGCUCUAGGAAGAGUCUUGGUGGUUCCAAACUUCUUCCAUUUAAGAAUAAUGGAGGCCACUGUGUUCUUGGGGACCUUCAAUGCUGCAGAAAUGUUUUGGUACCCUUCCCCAGAUCUGUGCCUCAACACAAUCCUGUCUCGGAGCUCUACGGACAAUUCCUUCGACCACAUGGCUUGGUUUUCGCUCUGACAUGCACUGUCAACUGUGGGACCUUAUAUAGACAGGUGUGUGCCUUACCAAAUCAUGUCAAAUCAAUUGAAUUAACCACAGAUGGACUCCAAUCAAGUUGUAGAAACAUCUCAAGGAUGAUCAAUGGAAACAGGACGCACUUGAGCUCAAUUUCAAGUCUCAGAGCAAAGGGUCUGAAUACUUAUGUAAAUAAGGUAUUUCUGUUUUUUAUUUUUAAUAAAUUUGCAAAAAUGUCUAAAAACCUGUUUUCGCUUUGUCAUUAUGGGGUAUUGUGUAGAUUGUUUUUAUUUCAUUUUAGAAUAAGGCUGUAACGUAACUAAAUGUGGGAAAAGUCAAGGGGUCUGAAUACUUUCCGAAGUCACUGUAACAAGUACUUUGAGGAAAAUGGGCAAACAUUGCAUAUUUACAAUCCUUUUUGGUUCCUUCAUCAGUGAACCAGUGAAGAACUACAUUCAGUCCAACCCUGGAUGGUACUGGGCUUCUUAGUAAGUCACAGCUUUGAUCUUGCAUAGAUCAUUACUAUGUUGAUUUAAUUCUGAAAGUACUAAAAUAUAUGUGUUAUUUAUUUACACAGUGCUGUGUUCUUUGUCACAUAUAUUACACUCGUCUGCUGUCCUGGACCAAGGUGAGUUUACAAUGUUAAUGUGUGUGGUUAACACAACUUCAGUUAAUAUGAUAAUAGAGAAUGUAUAAUUUUAGCAGAAUCUAACAACAGUACUUAAGUACAGUACUUAUUAUGUUUGAUUACUAUUUCCUAUAGGAGACAGUUUCCAUGGAAUCUGAUCCUGCUCGCCAUCUUUGUAAGUAUCAUAUAGUGUUUGAAACAAUCCAUAUCUUUAGAAAAUGUAUACACAUUGUCUAAAGACAAUGGAGGGGGCUAGACUUUAAAAUACUACACAUAAUUCAGAAUCACAGACUUUUCCUUUGAGUGUAACCCCUCUUUCUAAUGUUUCUUUACUUUGUAAUCUCUCCUGUUGCAGACCCUCUCUCUCUCCUAUAUGACAGGGAUGCUAUCCAGGUACUGUCUCCCAUAGCUGUGUCUACAGUUUGUUUGUCUCUGUUGUCCACUAUGUUUUGCAUGCCUGCUUCUUCAGACUUUCAGUAUGGCUAGCAUGAUGGUUUUUGCAGCCAGGUAAACUGCUAAUGUGUUACAUUAAAUUCAGCUAAGUUCUUGGUGAACAGCUAAUACGUAGAAUCAGGUGUGCUAAAUUCAUUUUGGAUUGAAAACAUGUAUGGGAUGGUAAAUCUCAAGGAAGAGGUUUGGGCAGCCCUGCAUUAACCUGUGUCAGUGUCGAUCAGAUAUGCUAAAGGUAUACAUGGGCUUACUAACACUGUUGUACAUUUUAGGCUUGCUUAGUUACUGUGUAUUCACCAACAUAAGUCAUUAAUAUGUUAUUCCUGUAUAAAAAAACUAUUUGAGUAUGUCAUUUCUUAGUAAAUAAAUACUUGGCAAAUAAUUUCUUUACCAUUUCUUCCCCCCUCUAAUAGUUAUUACAACACCAAGUCAGUGGUGAUGUGUUUGGGUAUUACUGCUAUGGUCUGUCUUACCGUCACUCUCGUCAGCUUCCAAACUAAGGUCAGUCUGCCUGCGAAAAAGGACAUUCUAUAAUUUAAUAGGAUCUCUGUGCUUCUGUAAUUCACCAUUUGUUAUAGGUUGUUCCCUUUUCUCAUGGCCAAGUUACCUCCUUUUUUCUGUCCUAUCUUCCCGUUUGUCCUAUUCAGUUUGAUGUGACAUCAUGCCAAGGUGUAUUGUUUACCUUCUGCAUGGUCAUGAUGGUGUCUGGACUGGUCCUGGCCAUCGCCUUGCCCUACGGAUAUGUAAGUAAUAAUAAUAAUAAUAAUAAUACACUUUUAUUUGUAGAGCACAUUGUCAUACAUGAAAGCCUGCAAAUCAAAGUGCUAUACAUAGUAGGAAGUAAAACUACCCUAAUCAGAAACGAUAUAAUUAAUGAGGUGAAUAAGUAAAUGCAGGUGGAGACUAACACGAGGAAUUAGACAGAGCUCUCUAAGGCUAUGUUUAGACAGGCAGCCAAUUCUGUUCUUUUUUACAUUUACAUUUUAGUCAUUUAGCAGACGCUCUUAUCCAGAGCGACUUACAGUUAGUGAGUGCAUACAUUAUUCUUUUUUAAUUUCUUCAUACUGGCCCCCCGUGGGAUUCGAACCCACAACCCUGGCGUUGCAAACGCCAUGCUCUACCAACUGAGCUACAUCCCUGCCGGCCAUUCCCUCCCAUACCCUGGACGACGCUGGGCCAAUUGUGCGCCGCCCCAUGGGUCUCCCGGUCGCGGCCUCAUUAUUCUUUUGACCAAACAGAUCAGAUCUUUUCACAUCAGACCUUUUUCAGAGCUGAUCUGAUUUGUCUGAAGACCAAUUAGUGGAAAAAAGAUCAAGCCUACAGCUGGGUCAGAUCUAAUUGAAUGUGUUGGAUAUGAUAUCAUUUUCUAGAGAUAUAAUAGCAGCUUUUUUGUGCUCAGGUGCCCUGGGUGCAUGGUGUCUAUGGUGCCUUGGGAGCGUUACUGUUUACCAUGGUAAGUGUAAAACCUAUAUAGUCUGUUUUACUUAACAGUCCAUCAACGACAAAGAGAGAUGUACAACUACUAUAAUACUUCAACUCUUUUCUUCUCUGUUUCAGUUUUUGGCGUUUGACACCCAGCUACUGAUGGGGAACAAGCGCUACACAAUAAGUCCAGAGGAAUACGUCUUUGCCACUCUCAACAUCUACCUAGAUAUCAUCUACAUCUUCUCCUUCUUCCUCUCACUGUUUGGAACAGAGAGGACAAACUGAAUCCACCUCCAGGCCAGCAUCACAGCUUUUCCAUCUAAACAGGUCCCGUAUUCAUAGUCUCAGAGUAGUAGUGCUGAUCUAGGAUCAGCUUUGCCAUUUAGAUCAUGGUGAAUAGUAUUAUACAUACAGGGGGGAUAUGAUCCUAGGUCAGCACUACUCGGAGACACUGUGUGAAUAAAGGCUCUGAUCUCACCAUCAUGAUGUACUGUACACAACCUAUAGAUCCUUGAUUCUUGAUCCACCACCUCUUCCCACAGUCUCAGCUUAGUGUGAUCCUCCUUCCCCCUCUAGCAUGAUAUGGACCUAUACUACUGUAUUGUCUGCUUAGCUGUCAAUCUCCAGAAUGUACAGUACUUUUCACCCAUAGGGUCGGCGAUCUAUAGAAUUCCAUUGCUAACGGUAGAUAGGUGUGAAAAACACAUGCUAAAUACUGAGUCUCAGUCUAAAAGCUUUAACUGUAGGUGUUUCUGUCUUAUGCAGAUGUGAUGUCUUGCGUUCUCCUGUCUUUUAACAACAACAGUCAUUUAUGACACUGCUCUACAGGAGAUUAUCACCUCUUAUGAAGAGGAACUCAAAGUAUCUGCCCUAAAUGCAUGAAUAUCUGAAUAUCUUUCAGUGUAGCAACGUAGACAUCAUGUAGUUUUCAUCUUUGUUCUUAGUUCAUCAGUAGUGCACUAGGCUACAUCCAGUUACAUCAGUGUAUAACACAUUGUGAUGACCCUCAGCUUUAGAGUAGAGAGAGAGAGUAAAGUAUGACUUUAUUGAAAUUGUUUUUAUCACUCAGCAUCAUCAAUAAAUUAAAAAGGACAAGACACAUAUCAAUGACAAACAAAACAAAUGAAAACACAUAUUAAGACACAUAUAAAUCAAUGGCACCUGUCGUUUGUUGUUUCUCUAAUGCCUGUCUUCCAGUCUGUCAACUCUUAGCCUACUGGUUGAAAUCUCAAACUAACAUAAGAUCCGGAGCAUGAAGGCAAUUCAAUCCAAUUCUGAUUUAAUUUGAAUGUAGACUAAUUGCUUGGCUUUCCUUGGCUGCUUUUCACUAUAAAAGCAAGUUAAUCAAGUUGCACUAAAACUGGAGAUAUAAUGCAAUCCUGUCAAUAUGAUGAGCCAUAGUCCAAUGAUGUCAGUAGGGGUUUACUCACUAACCUUGUCUUUCUUUGUAACAUUCUGUUCUGUAUUAUUGUGUUGUGUUAACACACCCCUCCGUGUUACAAUUUUCCAGCAAGGUUGGCUGCUAUUUAACUCUUAAGUUUUCAUUUAUUUACAGAUAGCUAAACCAGAGUCAUCCCACUGGGCACAGAUGUCAAU